AUGCCUCGGACAGACGACACGCAGCUGCCCCUUCUGGGCGAUACCAUCAACGAGCAUCCCGAACAAGGACUGCCAGAAGCAGCCUUACACGAACCUCAGCAGCGAGCCCAGCUUCCGCAGCUUCUUUCAUCGAGGAGGAAGCACAUGGUUGUGCUUAUACUCGUCGCGCUGGACGUGGCGGCCUUGCUCGCGAACAUCUUCAUCGAGCUGGUGGAAUGCGACCGCCGCAACGAGAAGCUCCAGAGGCCGGCAUGGACAGGCAACGCGCGCCAAGCCCUCACGACGGCUGGACUGGUGUUCAGCAGCCUGUUCCUGCUCGAGUUGGUCUUCUGCAUAGUGGCUUUCGGGCUUAACCACCAUGUGGUUGACCAUCAAACCGGGUAUCUCAAAGACUGGUUCCACUGCCUCGACGCGGUAGUCAUCGUUACGAGCUUCGUCGUCGACCUACUGUCCCACGGCAUCGUCGAAGACAUUGCAUCACUGGUCAUUGUGUUCCGCCUCUUCCGCUUUGCCAAGAUGCUCGAGGAGAUGAGCAUGGGCGCUGCCGAGCGUAUAGAGAGCAUGGCCAAUGAACUCGACAAACUGCGAAUGGAGAACACCCUGUUGAAGGAAAGGCAUCAAGUGUGA